AAUCUCUUACUUGCCAGUCAGAGUGAUGAGGCAGAAAUUAAGAUUGUGGACUUUGGGUUUUCCUGUCUCAAGCCGUUGACCAGUGAGCAGCCAAUGCAGACACCCUGUUUCACUUUAAAUUAUGCUGCUCCUGAAGUUUUAAAGCAUGCAGUAGCAGCUCCUGCUGGCAGUGGGGUGGGGUACGAUGAAUCUUGUGACCUGUGGAGCCUUGGAGUAAUUUUGUAUACGAUGUUGUCAGGUAAGGCACCUUUCCAGUCCUACAGUCGAGAAGCAAGCGCCGCAACAGUCAUGCAACGAAUCCGAGAAGGAGAAUUCUCCUUUUCCGAUUCUGCUUGGAAUAUGGUUUCUCAACAGGCUAAGGAUGUGAUAAAAGGACUUCUCACGGUAAAUCCUCAACAGCGGCUCACCAUGAGUGAACUUCGGGCACAAGCGUGGGUUCUAGGACAGAAUCGUUGCAGUGUAACUGACACUCCAUUAAUGGCACCUGGCAUACUCAGUUCGUUACCUUCACCACGUGUUGCAGACACUGCCCUUAGAGCAACAUUUGAUGCCUUUCAUAUGGCUGCUUGUGAAGGAUUUCGUCUUCUAGAUGUAUCUGCAGCUCCCCUAGCUCAAAGGAGAAGACAAAAGAAAAGUUCCACAGAUAUUCAUACAAGCUCUUUGAGCAGUAGCUCUAGCCAGGGUUCCCUUACAAAUGGUCCUCAUACUAGCUCUACUUCCACCCAAGUGUCCACCCCCCAAAAGAUGGCAGACUCUACUAUAUCUUAUGGGUUUGUUCCUCAUAGAGACAAUUCUGUUAACAGUAUUGAUAGCGUCUUUACUUACCCAGAAUCCAAGGUGACAGCCUACCUCUCUCAGUUUUCCUUUGAAGCAGACUCAAGUACAGAUCUUGGCCAGCAGUUUGUACCAACCAAGAGGGCUUACAAGCAUGAAGAUAGAUCUGUUGUUUUAAGUAACCAUGGACCCAUAACCAGGUCUAAAGCAAAAUCUCAAAAGAGAGUGAGUGAAAAUGAUUGUAUUGUUCUUGAAGAAAAGAAAGCUUGUUCAACAGAUAUAAGCUAUAAGCAAGCAAAACGACCCCGUCUUGAAACUAUUGUUAUAGAUUAG